AGUGUUGCACGGUUCCGCUAACGGCCCAAGUGCUGCCGAAGUCCUUGUGUAGAGCUCAUGAGACAGGCAGGGGAUUGUAGAACUGAAGGAAAAGGGUGAGGAGGAGGAGGAGGUUAGCAGGGAGUGAGUGAUUGCACAAUGACGGGUGGUGAAGACGAAGGAAUAGAGAAAGAAGCUUGUGUGGGUAGCUUGUGUUUUGUGCAGCCCCAUCCCCUGUACUUGCCUCCUCCGUUCUAUGGAAAGCUUAUAGGCCAGGAAUACAGAUGGAAAAUAGGAGCUAAAUUGAGUACGGGACCUGGGUUGCAAUUGAAAUUGCAAAGAGCAAUCACAUUGCCUAAUUUCUUGGGCUUAGACAAGGACGCCAGGUGGCGAUGGCAGCACAUUCCGUUAUCUAUUAAAAGUGGUGUCAAAGUGGACACUCGAUUAGACCGUCAAGAAUCAGCAGGCGAUAAUUCUUUAAAAAGCUCUGGCAUCAAAACAAUCCGCUUACUUCCCCACUUCUGCAUCAAAUCUAAGAGUUCAAUUUUUGGAACUUUAGCCUUGCGUCCAAUUGUGGAGGUUGUACCUGCCCCUACUUUAACCGUGCAACGUCGUUUCUCUGUUGGUGCAACAACACUUACUCUGCGUGUGAACUUUGAGGUGCCAUUGAAGAAAGGGCCUUCUUGGAGUGUGCAAUUCAACUGGCUUAAAGAUGCGACAAAGCUGGUGGUGGAGCCUGUGAAGGGUGGAUUUGACAUCCAUUAUUCUAAGACACUUAGGCUUUCUGAAGGCUCUAAAGCUGUAGCAGCAGGCUCAGCAAGAGCGCCACUAGAUUUUCUUUCGGGUGAGUUUUCUAGCAGAAAGAAUAGCCUACCUCUCCAAUUCAGGUCAAGUUACCUGAAGAUAUCACAGAUAUUUGGUACACGGGCUCUGCGGGACACUCCUAAAUCUGCUUUUGUGUAUCGAGAAGCUGCUAAGAGUAUUGGAGAAGAGGACAUCAUCAGUGUUGUGCCUGGCCAUUGGAUCGACUGUUCAUCAGAACCAGGAGCUCAUGGAGAGCGCGAGUUCAAUAUGGACGUAGCUAAUGUCCUAGAAAAGGAGUUACGUAAGAAUGGAUGGGAGGUUCUACGGCCCGAUCGUGAUGCCCCUCAAAUGCAAUGGGAAGAGUAUCUCAAUUGGGUCUCAAAACAGAGUUCGAAGGGCAUCCCCGUGCUGGAGAUACAUGGACAGGGUUCGAAUGCUGACUACAGAGGGCACGUUCUUGGAGUAAUUGGUGACUACAAUGUGCCUCUCAGUAAGGAACUUGCACAGACCUUUGGUGAGUUCCAGAUGGAUUGGCGAGAGCUUGGGGUUCCCCGUCGUGGUGGGGUCAUCGUAGAAAGCUUUAAUGCUGAUGAGGUGGUGCAAAUGAAGCCAUGGCAACGCACCUGGGCUGCCAGAAGGCUAUCAAAUCAAAUUGUAUCUGCAAUAGAACGAGCAAGUGCUCCCAACCGUAAGCGACGUGGGCUUGUGGUAGACUUGGACGCCUAUAAAGAUGCUUCAAUUGAGAGAUCUGCUGGAGCAAAUCGGUUGUAGUGCCAUGAUUUCAAGGAACAUUUCAAUUUUAGGACCAAGCAGAAGAUUUUUGUUCAAAAGAUAGCUAGCAAGAACAUGUAGAUAAGCAGCCCUUGAAGCUUUCAUCCCUCCUUGUACUUUGUGAAUCCAUGUUUUGAGAUUGUAGUCAUGGUAAAUGGGGAACCCAGCAUCCAUGUAGACACGGCUGGUCGUUCGUUUUACCCUCUAGACAUUUGAGAACGAGGAUCUCUACCCCAGUUUUAUUUCAAAACCAGGUAAAGAACAACCAAUCCUGUUCAGCUUUCAGAGCAGAAUUUUGACAGGUAAAGGUUUCACCCUGAGUGGGUUACAACUUCUGUACAUCAGACGCUGUUUUUCAAAAAGUUAAAAUCUAAAAUCCAAAUUCCUCUGCAGCA